AUGGGUAACCCCUCCACCUUCUUUGGUGUCUCAUCUGCGCCUGUUACCUCUGCCACUCUCCAACUCAUGGUUCUCGACUUAAGUGCCAUCCAUGCUGUUUUAGUCACCUGUCUCUCAGCCUACUGUGGUUUUGUGCAAGGACCCUGGCCUUUCACAGAUCCAGGUGGACCAACAACCCCACUGCAAUAUGUCACUGUUGUUACUAGCAUGGGAUACUUUAUUUUUGAUUUUUGUUGGUGCAUAUAUUUUUCUACAGAAGGUCCCACAAUGUUGUGCCAUCAUGUAGUGUCCAUUUUUGGCUUGUCCAUCUGCCUUGUCACAGAAUAUUAUGGCACUGAACUUAUUGCUCUCAUCUUUGGAUCAGAAAUCACCAACCCUUUGCUGCAACUGAGAUGGUUCCUUAGAAAAUUUGGCUACCAAGACACAGUAAUUGCUGAGUGUGUGGAUGUUGCUUUCAUACUUGGUUUCACUUGCAUUCGAAUGGGUGUUGGUACCUAUCUAAUGAUUUGUUACAAUGCUAUGGACCAUAUUCCUUUCCACAUAAAGUGUGGUGGUGUUGUAUUCUAUAUAAUAUCUGUUGCCUUUUAUAUAACCAUUGUGAAGUUUGCUUAUCGAAAAUAUUACUGCAAGAAGAGUAAACUGCAGCAGAUCAAUCGAGGAAAGAAAGACAUGAGACAAGAAGCUGAUGGCCUUCAGCCAAGAUAA